AUGGGGCCCACAAGGCAGAAAUGUCCUUUUCCACAGGCCUACCACCACCACAUGGGAUUCCUUCACGGAGGUUUACACCCCCCACGCGAGAGGAUUCGAGGCCACGGCGUGCUGCUUUCAGCUUGGAUCCCACCAGCCCUGCGUCCCAGCCCCCUCCCCCCGCCGGGCGACGCGUCCCGGCCGCCUGUCCGAGCAGGACCUCGAGGCCCGGAUCCCUGCGCCCCGGCCAGCACUCCAGGCCGCCUCGGCUCCCUUCCCAGCCUUCAGGAGGCCCUUCUGCACGCCGAGCGCCAGGCAGCCCGCCGCGCGGCGCCCAGAAUACCCUUCCGGGCCACGACACCGCUGCGUGCCCAGAAAUACACCACAAACGCUCACUUCGGCGCCGAGAAACGCACUGGAGGCGCAGCGGGGCCCUGGGCACGUCUGGCGGGCGGCGAGGGGCUGCAGGCCGUUGGCGGCGCCGAGGCCAAGCCGCCGCCGAGGCCAUGCCCAGACACGUACCCGUCCCACUCCGGCCAUGCCCGCCCGUGCCCGCCCUGCCACCUCGUGCCCUCCUCUGCCGCCGGGCACCGCAGCGCCGGGCACGCGGGGCGGCAGGGCGUCGAGUGCCCGGCGCGGGGCCACGCGUGGGCAGCGGCGGCCGGGCACGAGGGCCGGGCAGGAGGGCAGCGCGCCUGGGCAUGGCGGGCGCCGGUCCUCGCCGUCAGCUGUUUCUCAUCACCACCUGCCCCUCGGCCGCCCGUGCCCCGCACGCCCGCCCGCGGCCCCUCCUCCACGCCCACGCCCUUACCUCUCGCCUCGCCGCCCGCCCGGCUGCUGCUCGCGGCCGCGGGAGGAGCAGAUGGCCAGAAAUAG